AUGCAGUCUGUUCUUUCUAGAGUACAAGAUUUCUUCUCGCUAGACACAUUGGAUGAAAGGCUAUCUUCUCCAGGUAAUGACUCUCGCAGGAAGGCUAAAACUUCACCAGAGCCUCCAUCAAGAUGGUCUUCAAUGGAAUAUAAGAUAUAUUGGGGGAUUUUGAUAGUCGUUCUUCCAUUGCUUUUGAAGGGUGGAAUGGAUGCUACGAAUUCAUGGAACCCCAAUUACUACAAGUUUGAACAUUUGUUGAGCAAGGGUUGGAUGUUUGGGAGAAAGGUUGAUAAUAGCGAUGCUCAGUAUAGGUUCUUUAGGGAUAAUAUUCCACUUUUAAUGGGAUUGAUGUCAUUGCAUUUAAUCAUAAAAAAGUUGGUGUUACGGUUCACUAAUGUAGAGAAGGUUAAAUUUGACUUUUGGUUUGGCUUGAUCUUUUUGGUUGGUGCUCAUGGUGUUAACAGUUUGCGUGUACUUUUCCACAUGAUGGUUAUGUUUUCACUUGCUAAAAUUUUUAAGAGACAAAGGCCCCUUGCUAGCGCAUGCGUAUGGAUAUAUGGGGUUGGUUCUCUUUUCAUUAACAACUCCUAUAGAAACUUACCAUUUGGUCAAAUAUUACCAAUUCUAAAGCCCUUGGACGGAUCGUACACAGGAAUCAUCGCAAGAUGGGAUGUUUUCUACAACUUUACAUUGCUAAGAGCAAUUUCGUUCGAUAUGGACUUCUUAGAACGCUGGACAAACAUUCACGUCAGCCCAUCGGCCACCCCACCUCCAACAUCGAGCGUUUCACCCGAAAGGUUCGAAUUGAAAAGGGCCUCUAGUACACAAGUUCUGGAAACCAUUGAAGAAAAUGCAUCUAAGCCGGUGCUUCUAGAUGAUCGUGCCAGACUCUCCGCACCUCAUCACAUUCAAGAAUAUUCGUUGGCAAGAUAUAUUGCGUAUGUUACUUACACACCGUUGUUUAUUGCUGGUCCAAUUUUGACAUUUAACGAUUACCUAUAUCAAACAUACCAUGAAUUGCCAUCUAUCAAUUAUAAGAGAAUAGGUAAGUAUGCUUUCAGACUAUUGUUCUGUUUAUUUGUUAUGGAAUUCUUACUACAUUUUGUUUAUGUCGUCGCUGUAUCAAAAACUAAAGCCUGGACUAAUGAUACACCAUUCCAAAUAUCUAUGAUUGGUCUUUUCAACUUAAACCUCAUCUGGCUAAAACUUUUGAUUCCUUGGAGAUUUUUCAGGCUAUGGGCAUUGUUGGACGGUAUUGAUGCUCCCGAAAAUAUGAUUCGUUGCAUGGAUAAUAAUUACUCACCUGUUUCGUUCUGGAGGGCGUGGCACAGAUCAUAUAACAAGUGGAUCGUUCGGUAUAUCUAUAUUCCUUUGGGUGGUUCCUCUAAUAGAAUUUUGACUUCUUUAGCCGUGUUUUCAUUUGUUGCAGUAUGGCAUGAUAUAGAAUUGCGGCUAUUAUUCUGGGGUUGGUUAGUCGUUUUAUUCUUAAUCCCAGAGGUAGUACUUUCCAAGUAUUUCAAUACCUACAGUAAAGAGCCAUGGUAUAGAUAUGCGUGUGGUUGUGGAGCCAUAUUAAAUAUAUGGAUGAUGAUUACUGCUAAUUUAUAUGGUUUCUGCUUGGGCUCUGAUGGAAUGUAUUUAUUUUUCAAAGAAAUGUUCGGUACCUUUGAUGGGUUGGUAUUCUUCGUCGUUGCCAACUGUGCUCUUUUUGUUCAUGUUCAAUUGAUGUUCGAACUAAGAGCUGAAGAAAUGAGACAUGGUAUUUAUGUGAAAUGCUAA